UACGAUACGCAGUGGAGCGGCCUCCAAUUAGCGCAAGGGCACUGCACUGCAGGCAUGGCGCCGCCGCUUCCCAUUCUAUAAAACCAGCGGGCGGCGCAGUGGUCGUUGCUGGUGGUGGAGCGCAGCAUUCGUUGUGUUCCUGCCUUCCGCCGAAGUUUGCCUGCCUUGAGGAUGGUACCGAUGCUGCUGUUGCUGCCGGUCGCACUGGGCUUGUCAGUUCCUAGUGGGGGCGUCUCCGAACUUGUCACUAAUAGCCUCCAUCACGGAUCUGGUAAUGAUGAAUCGUCCGCCAAGGGAGAGCAGGGAUCGUUCUUUGAGGGUGACAUCGUUCUCCCUCCCGAGGGCUUGGGCCGCAAUGGUCUGACGGACCUAAGACUCCGUUGGCCAAACGCUAUUGUGCCCUACAGAAUCGAAGGCAGCUUCACCCAAGCCGAGCGUAACCUCAUUGGCAGGGCCAUAAUGGACUACAGUCGCAACACCUGCAUUCGAAUCGUGCCGAAAAGGCCGAGGGACACCGACUACGUCGCGGUCAUCAACAGCAAGUCCGGUUGCUUUUCUGCCUUGGGGCGGCGAGGCGGACGCCAGGAGCUCAACUUGGCGUCAGGCUGCUUCGGCGGCAAGCGGGGCACACCGGCCCACGAGUUCAUGCACGCCAUCGGCUUUACGCACGAGCAGAACCGCGCCGACCGCGACAACUACGUCACCAUCAACUGGGAAAACAUUGAACCUGGCAAAAUCAACAACUUCGAAAAGAACACUGCCACUUCUGGGUACGGCGUCAGGUAUGACUUCGGCAGUGUCAUGCACUACACUCUGACCGCGUUCAGCAAAAAUGGGAGGCAAACCAUCACACCUAAGGUGCAGACGAAUGCUGUGAUUGGACAACGAGAUGGCCUCAGCUCCGGCGACAUUGCGAAACUGAACGCGAUGUACCACUGCAACAGAGAAGACGAGAUCGAAGACUGAGUUUCGCCGUCCCUCCACCUCUUCUAGAAUUUCGUCAAAUGCAGCACUUCAAUUACUUAUUUUUGUCAUUGGUUUGUUAUCUUAUUUAAGUCAGGUUGA